ACCUACUAAGUAAGAACCGCCUUCGCUGCUCACUCACUCUCUCAAUUAUUUAUACUCUCUCACCUCUGCAACUCUCUGUGUCCUCACUCUCACUUUAGUUUCUUUGUUUUUCAAUGGAAGGAAAAGCACGAAAUGCCUUUCUCUUCUUUUCCUUCACCAUUUUCCUCUCUCUCUCCACCACUCUCUCAUCCCCGCUCGACUACCAAACCCUCGUUCUCAAUCCUCUCCCUCGCCAGACCGCCCUCUCAUGGCCGGCCGCCGAUUCCGAAGCAGAGACCCUAACGGACACAGCAGAUUCGACCACCUUCUCCUUACAGUUACACCACAUCGAUGCAUUAUCCAACAACAAAACUCCACAGGAUCUUUUUGGCGAGAGGCUGCAGCGUGAUGCUUUCCGAGUUGAAGCUCUCUCUUCAGUUGCUGCCUCCGCUGUAGGUGCUGGGGGGCGCGUCGGAACUGGAUUUAGCAGCUCCGUGAUAUCUGGUCUGGCGCAGGGUAGCGGCGAGUACUUCACGCGCAUAGGCGUUGGUACCCCUCCCAGGUAUGUUUACAUGGUGUUGGAUACUGGAAGCGACAUCGUCUGGAUCCAGUGUGCUCCGUGUAAUAAAUGCUACUCUCAGUCUGACCCGGUUUUUGAUCCGCGUAAGUCUAGAUCUUUCGCCGGAAUCCCCUGUGGUUCCCCUUUGUGUAACAGGCUUGAUUCUCCUGGUUGUAACACUCAGAAGAGGACGUGUAUGUACCAAGUUUCCUACGGCGAUGGUUCUUUCACUUACGGCGACUUUUCCACCGAAACCUUGACGUUUCGCCGGACCAAAGUCAGAAGGGUGGCGAUCGGUUGUGGCCACGACAAUCAAGGUUUAUUCGUUGGUGCUGCGGGUUUGCUUGGGCUUGGCCGGGGAAGGUUAUCAUUUCCUUCACAAACCGGUGCCCAGUUCAACCGGAAGUUUUCCUACUGUCUGGUAGACCGUUCCGCUUCCUCGAAACCAUCCUCAGUUGUUUUCGGUGAUUCGGCUAUAUCGCGAACCGCCCGGUUCACUCCAUUGAUAUCAAACCCCAAGCUUGACACGUUUUACUACGUUGAACUCCUUGGGAUCAGUGUGGGAGGGACGCGUGUUCCUGGCAUCACUGCAUCUUUAUUCAAACUCGAUCAGACUGGUAAUGGAGGAGUGAUUAUUGAUUCGGGAACGUCCGUAACCCGUUUGACGAGACCCGCUUACGUAGCACUCCGGAAUGCUUUCCGGGUCGGAGCUUCUAAUUUGAAGAGGGCACCCGAGUUCUCUCUAUUCGACACGUGUUUUGAUUUGUCAGGGAAGACUGAAGUGAAAGUUCCAACUGUGGCGCUGCACUUCCGCGGUGCUGAUGUGUCAUUGCCGGCGUCGAAUUAUCUGAUCCCUGUGGAUAGUGAUGGUAGCUUUUGCUUUGCAUUUGCGGGUACAAUGAGCGGGUUGUCAAUAAUAGGUAAUAUCCAACAACAGGGGUUCAGGGUCGUCUACGACUUGGCGGGUUCACGGGUCGGGUUUGCUCCGCGCGGUUGCCAGUAAUCAGUGCGAGUUCAGGGGAUGGUAAGGGAGAA